AUGGAUCCAGGCUGGGAAUUUGGCUCUUGGGGGCUGCGGGAGCAUCGUGAUGCGGGGAACCGGGGGUUACUGGAGAGUUCGUCUGCCGUUCUGGGUCUACAGAGGAAUGUGGAGGACCCAGGCCAGGCCGCCUCGGAGAGCCCGCAGAGCCACGGCUCUCUGGCCACGCCGGAGUGCGUGCCCCUGGGACGCUCGGGCAGCCCUGCCCACACCCCCAGGGCUGGCUCCUCGCUGGAACCAGGAUGGACCCCAGUUCGUGCCUCCAUCCACCCGAAGGACGCCGCGGUGACAAGUUUGGCGGGUGUGACUAAAGCUGCUGCUGUAGUAAAUAUUGAUGUGCAGGCUUCCGUGGGGACACAGUUCUCAGCUCCCGGGAACUCGAGUGCCGGGUCGCACGGGAGCGUGUGUUUGGUCAGAGACCACCAGACGGCCUUCCAGAGCGGCCUCGGCGUGCUGCUCCCCCACCAGCAGCGAGCGGCGGUCUCUGCGCGUGAGCGUUUGGCGUUGUCCGUGUUCCGGACUCCGGCCGUUCCCGCGAUCGGCUGCACUCUCAACUGUAGCUGCCAGAGUUUCAAGCCGGGGAAGAUCAACCACCGCCAGUGCGAGCAGUGCAGACACGGAUGGGUGGCCCACGCUCUGAGCAAGCUGAGGAUCCCCCCUGUGUACCCCACAAGCCAGGUGGAGAUUGUCCAGUCCAAUGUGGUGUUUGAUAUCAGCAGCCUCAUGCUCUAUGGGACCCAGGCCAUCCCUGUCCGCCUGAAAAUCCUACUGGACCGGCUCUUCAGUGUGUUGAAGCAAGAUGAGGUCGUCCAGAUCCUCCACGCCUUGGACUGGACCCUUCAGGAUUACAUCCGGGGCUACGUGCUACAGGACGCGUCGGGGAAGGUGCUGGACCACUGGAGUAUCAUGAGCAGCGAGGAGGAGGUGGCCACCUUGCAGCAGUUCCUUCGCUUCGGGGAAACCAAGUCCAUCGUGGAGCUCAUGGCAAUCCAAGAGAAAGACGAGCCGCCCGUCGUUGUCCCGCCGGCGGCGGCGAACGUGGACAUCAGGGCCUUCAUCGAGAGCUGCGGGCACAGGGGCGCCAGCCUCCCCGCCGCUGUGGACAAGGGGAACCCCGGCAGCCUGCACCCCUUCGAGAACCUCAUCAACAACAUGACCUUCAUGCUGCCUUUCCAGUUCUUCAACCCCGUGCCGCCCACGCUGAUCGGGUCUCUGCCCGAGCAGUACGUGCUGGAGCAGGGGCAGGACCCAAGUCAGGACCCCACACGGGACAUCCACGGGCCCUUCCCCGGCCCUGGCUUCGUGACUUCCGGCUCCACGCCAUUUCCGGGGGAGAAAGAGGCGUAUCUGAACUGUCCGGAAACUACGGCGAGAAAGGAGGACCACGCCCACCUGAGUGACUCCAGCGCGUACAGCGUCCUCACGAAGCUGGAAAGGACCCAGCUGUCCCCCGAGGCCAAGGUGAAGUCCGAGAGGAACAGCCUGGGCACGAAGAAGGGCCGCGUGUUCUGCACGGCGUGCGAGAAGACCUUCUACGACAAGGGCACGCUCAAGAUCCACUACAACGCCGUCCACCUGAAGAUCAAGCACAAGUGCACCAUCGAGGGCUGUAACAUGGUCUUCAGCUCCCUCCGGAGCCGCAACCGCCACAGCGCCAACCCCAACCCCCGGCUGCACAUGCCCAUGAAUAGAAACAACAGGGACAAAGAUCUGCGCAACAGCCUGAGCCUGGCCGCCCCCGACGGUUACCAACGCCCCGGCUUCCUGGCCACCCCCGCCGACUGCAGGCCCCUGCCCGGCUUCGCCAGCGCCGGGGAGGCCCCCGGGGGCCAGCCGGCCUUCCCGAGCAUUGGGCAGAACGGGGUGCUUUUCCCCAACCUAAAGACAGUCCAGCCGGUCCUCCCUUUCUACCGCAGCCCGGCCACGCCGGCGGAGCUGGCCAACACGCCCGGGGUGCUGCCGUCCCUGCCCCUCCUGUCUUCCUCCAUCCCGGAGCAGCUGGUUCUGAGCGAGGGGCUGCCGGACGCCCUCCCCAAGAAGAAAUCCCGCAAGUCCAGCAUGCCCAUCAAGAUCGAGAAGGAGGCCGUGGGGCUCGCGGAGGAAAGGAGGCAGGUGCCCAGCUCAGACGAGGACAGGCCCCUGCGGGCGGCCAGCGGAGAUGAGCCGGAGGCCUGCAGCCCGCAGUCAGACGGAGCCCCCGGAGACCAGGACACUCGGUCAGGAGGCCUGGGGGGGCCUCUCCCCGGAGGAGAGAGGGGCUGCCGUCGAGACUCGGGGACCGAGGCCAGCGGAGCCACGGGCAGGAGCCCCGAGCAGGCCCCGCGGCGCUCAGAGAGGGGCGCCGAGCCCGAGGAGAAGCGGGCGCCGACCAUGGUGCUGCGGGAGCCGGACUCCGGUGGCCGUGACCUUCGUCCGACGCCUGGGGCGGAGCCCUGCGCGCCCCUGCCCGACUGCGUCCGGCUGCAGCAGCGCCUGCUGGCCGGCGGGCUCUUCGGCGCCCUGGCCAGCAGGGGCGUGGCUUUCCCGUGUUUCGAAGAUUCUAAAGAACUGGACGUUGCGGGCCAGCAGGCAUCAGGCAGGCAGAAGGAAGAACACCGCUUCGAGUGCGACAUCUGCAAGAAGACCUUUAAGAACGCUUGCGGUGUGAAAAUGCACCACAAGAACAUGCACGCCAGAGAGAGCCAUGCGUGCACCGUGGAGGGCUGCCGGGCCACCUUCCCCUCCCGCCGGAGCCGAGACCGACACAGUUCAAACCUAAAUCUCCACCAAAAAGUGUUGAGCCCGGAAGCGUUGGCGAGCCCUGAAGACCAUUUCCAUGCAGCCUACCUUCUGAAAGAUGUGGCCAAGGAACCCUAUCAGGAUGUGGCUUUCACCCCGCAAGCCUCCCAGACAUCUGUCAUCUUCAAGGGAACGAGUCGGAUGGGCCGUCUGGUCUACCCCAUAACCCAAGUCCACAGCGCCGGUCUGGAGAGCUACAACUCAGGCCCACCGAGCGAAGGCACCAUCUUGGAUUUGAGCACUACCUCGAGCGUCAAGUCUGAGAGCAGCAGCCAUUCCUCCUGGGACUCAGACGGGGCAAGCGAGGAGGGCACCGUGCUCAUGGAGGACAGCGAGGAGGAAUACCCCCUCUGCGUCCUGAUGGAGAAGGCCGACCAGGGCCUCGCCAGCCUGCCUUCCGGGCUGCCCAUCACGUGUCACCUCUGCCAAAAGACAUACAGUAACAAAGGGACCUUCAGGGCCCAUUACAAAACUGUGCACCUCCGCCAGCUGCACAAGUGCAAAGUUCCGGGCUGCAACACCAUGUUCUCCUCUGUCCGCAGCCGGAACAGACACAGCCAGAACCCCAACCUGCACAAGAGCCUGGCCCCCUCCCCAAGCCAUCUGCAGUGACAGGGUGGCAGAGCAGGUGUGCAGGGCUGAGCAUGUGGGUCAGAAUUCAGGAAUACGGUAGUCCAAAGAAGCGUCUCUAGUUUUAACACCGCUUGGGGCAAGCCCAGCGGAGACGUCCUUGAGUUGACUUUCUAGUCUUCUGCGGCAGGAUGAGCAAAAAGACCAGCCUUGGAGGACGUCAGCCUUGGGGCAGACGUUAAGGUCCUGUUAUUUCUCGGAGCCCAAGAGGCUGUUCCCGGACCAAAACUUGCAGAAACACAGCUUUCCCCACAUCUGUUUACACAUUCCGUGGGAGAGCUCCGGGUCCCCAGAGCGACAAUAGGGGCCCAGGACCUUGGGGUAGCUUGAGGUUGGGCUCUGCACGGGUGUCAAGGGUCAGUUGAGGGUCCCGGGGAAGCAGACUGUCCCCACCGGUCAGGACCAGUCCCCAAAGAUCGCAUCUUUCAGUUCCUGCUUCAAUGAGUCUGCCGUCCAGACUCCGGUUCCGGGG